UAUGUCCAAAUACACGCUCAUUGAGAUUUUCUUGCCUGAUGUUUUUCGAAUCCGCCGCCGUAGUUCGCCAGCUACGAGGUUCGUCUGAUCUGGUCGUCGUCGCCUCCUCACACGCGGCUUUCCUCAAGGCCGGCGCCCUUACCGUCUCCGCCUUCAACCAUCUCGUCCACGGGUACGCGCGGUGCGAGGGCGUCGGUGAUGCUCGCAGAUUGUUCGACGAAAUGCCCCAGCGGAACGUCGUUUCCUGGACCUCCUUGAUGGCCGGCUACGUCCAUGCCUCCCAGCCCCACGGCGCCGUAUCCCUCUUCUCCGACAUGAUGGUAUCCGGCGCCCGUCCUAAUGCCUUCACUUUCGCGACUGCUCUCAACGCCUGCUCGCACCUCUCUGACAUUGAGUCGGGUCGAGCGAUCCACGCCCGGAGCGAAACCUGCGGGAGUCGGUCGGAUGUCUUCGUCGCCUCUGCCCUUGUCAACAUGUACGGGAAGUCCAAUCAUGUCGACGAUGCUCGUAUGGUAUUCGACGAAAUGGUCGAGCGGAACGCAGUCACUUGGGGUUCGAUGAUUUCAGCCUACGCCCAAAAUGCGCGCGGGCAUCAGGCGAUUGCUCUGUUCGGCGAGUUCCUUGGAGCGAGCUCUUGUGCGCACUUGCUGCCCAACCACUUCAUGCUAUCCAGCGUCAUUAGCGCUUGCGCCAGCACCGGAAAACUUGGCCUGGGGAGGACUGCGCAUGCUUCGGUUCUCCGGCGAGGAUAUGCUUCAAAUGAGGUUAUCUUGAAUGGAUUGAUCGAUAUGUACUCAAAAUGCGGAUGCAUUGAUCUUGCACGUAAGGUGUUUGAUUGCAUUGAUCGUCCUUCUUUGAUUCCAUGCACCGCCAUGAUAGUCGCCUCUGCAAAGUACGGACUUGGGGAUCACGCACUGCAACUGUUUGACGAAAUGCUUGCUCGAGGUAUUGAGCCCAACAGCAUCACUCUUCUUGGCGUACUCCAUGCUUGCAACCAUUGUGGCCUUGUGGACACUGGCCUUCUGCACCUGAACUCGAUGAGAGACAAGUAUGGCAUAACGCCAAUAGCAAGUCACUAUGCUAGUGUGGUUGAUAUGCUUGGUCGUGCAGGCCGUCUCGAUGAAGCCUAUGAAUUGUCCAAUCAAAUUAAAGCCGAAGGCGAUGAUGCUCUGAUGUUGUGGAGCUCCCUGCUCUCAGCUUGCAGGACGCACCAGCGCCUGGACAUAGCAGUUGAGGCAGGGAAGAGGCUUGCAGAGUUCAACAGAGAUGUGGCUGGUGCAUAUGUGGCAAUGUCAAAUGCAUAUGUUGCAGCAGGGAAGAUGGAUGGUGCAACAAGGAUUUGGACAGAGAUGCAAAGGCGAGGGAUCAAAAAGGAUCCUGCUUGUAGCUGGGUUGAGAUCAAGGAUGUGGUUUAUGUGUUCCGUACAGGAGAUGUGUCGUCGGCCAGCGUGAGGCAGGAUGAGGUGAUGGAGCUGUUGAAGGAGCUGGAAGUGAGAAUGAGGGAGAGAGGAUAUGUUGGCAGAGGAAAUGGGUGGGAAUUAGAUUUUGAAGAGGAAGGGAAAGGCGUAAUGGUUGGAGUGCACAGUGAGAGACUGGCUCUGGGGUUUGGGCUGGUAGUCACACCUAAAGGGAUGACCAUCAGGGUGAUGAAGAACUUGAGGAUGUGCAGGGACUGCCAUGAGGCAUUUAAACUGGUCAGUGACAUUGUUGAGAGGGAGAUUGUGGUGAGGGACCUGAAUAGGUUCCACCUAUUCAGGAAUGGGUCAUGCACUUGUCGGGACUACUGGUGAUUGCAUCGAUUCAAUGGUGGUGGUCUCUCUCAAAUCUCACAUUUCAGAGAUGCAACAGUGCCAAGAAGGUAGGAUGCAACAGUAUCUUUUGGCCAUGAAUGAAACUGAUGCUGGCUGAUACUUGGUAUUCCCCUAAAGAUGUUACCUGGAUGGAGAAAUAUGAUUCCAUUGAAAAUUUGUCUUGAAUGAGGGGCACGGAUUCACUCGCUGUUGAUGAUAUCUGAUGCAAUUUUUUUAGUGAAAAUUUUGAACAAGAAUCAAGAGGCCAGUGAGGCAAUAGUAGAUUGUGUAAUGAUCCAGCUGAGUCGCAAUUGUUGGACUACAUCCGCAUGACAAGGAUGAUACAACUAAGUGCAGGUGCUGGAUAGCUACGAUAAGAUUUACUGGUUAAAGUGCAUGAUGAAACUGAAUGCAGUUGUUAAAGUUGAGUCAGGAUGAUAUAUUAACAUACCGAUUAGCAAAGAUCAAACGGUUGAUUGCAACGUUUAGUUUCUUCAAAUCUACGAUACUGAUGAAUGCUGGGAGUUGAUCUCUGCACCUAGUCUUUACCGAUGGAGCUAGUUAGCAAAGACUUCAGUAUGUUAGAUUGAUGCUACAGCCCAUUGCGCCAUGGCAUUAAUUGUUCGGUGAGUGCAAUUGCUGAACUACUGGUGAUUGUUAUGGUGAAUGAUAACUUGAUUAGCAUCUUGUUUAUACAAAGUUUGGUAGAAUAGUUGCGAGAGUUCUGAUUUAUCUGCCUUAACAUCUUUAGCCGCAAUGGUUUGUUACUUAGUUUAUCUC